UUGCCACCCUGGUGGUCAGAGACUUCUACAGUGCUUUGUGAUGCUCUGGACAACUUCCUCUCACUGGCCUGUAGUCUGGAUGGACCCUGUCGGAUUCCACUGCUCAGCCUGUAUGCCAUCAGCAGGCAGCAGGAGUGUCUGCUGCCAUUUGUGCAAGUUCGCGGUAACCUGGCCAGGCUGCGUUCAUGUGUUGAAGAGCUGAGGUCCAUUCCGAACGGAGCCUGCAUCAGGGGAACGGGCAGGGCAGGUGAUCUGCUGCGACAGGCGGUGCUGGACAGUCUGCAGCAGUUUAAGCAGUUCAUCAGACACACCGGCGCUAGAAACCAGGCCUGCAACAAUGAAUCUGUGGAGAUUACCGUGGUGACCAGUCAGCCGGGGCGCAGCAUUGUUCAUCUGUUGGAGGCGGGGCUUAAAGACGCUGACCUGGUGUCACUGAGGCGGCUCCUGGUUGUGCAGAUCUGUGGUGCAGGUGACUGGGGACAGGACGCUCCUUCACCCGGAGCCUCGGAGAAUGAAGAUGCUCAAACUGGUUUCUGUGUGCUCAUAUCUGCAGACUCUUUGACGUUGGGGAUGGAGGUUGACCUGCAGCAAGUGGAGAACAGCGUGUUUGCCAUGGAAACUGUGUUAAAGGCGUGGCUUCAGGAGCAGGGAGGAGACAGAGAGCAGCUCCACCUCCUGCUGCCAAGCCCCUCUGACAAUCCCAUUCCAGGCUAG